CCGAGGAUUUGGUCUUUACAAAGUCUCUUCUGUUCCACGUUUUUUAAACUUUUUUUUUCAUCUCAUUCCCUGUGUCAUGGCAACAACCAAACCUAAAGUCUAUAUUGUCAUCUAUUCGCUUUACCAUCACGUCUAUAAGCUCUCCCUGUCCGUCUGUGAAGGCUUGAAAGCUUCGGGCGUUGAUGCCACCAUUUGGCAAGUGCAAGAAACUCUUGAUGAUACGAUUCUCGAGAAAAUGCAUGCCCCUCCCAAGCCCGACAUCCCCAUCAUCACCAAAGAUCAACUCCAUGAACCCGACGGUUUCCUCUUUGGCAUCCCCACUCGCUUCGGAAUAUUUCCCGCUCAGAUGAAAGCUUUAUUGGAUGCUACUGGCCAACUAUGGGCUUCGGGUGGAUUGGCUGGAAAAUUUGUGGGAACUUUUUUCGCCACCGCUUCACAGCAUGGUGGUCAGGAAACGACCGCUUUGAAUGCGGUGACCUUCUUUGCGCACCACGGCAUGGUGUAUGUCCCCUUUGGCUAUUGCGAUACGCGCAUGUUCAGUAAUGAUGAAGUCAUUGGUGGCUCGGCCUAUGGCGCUGGCACCAUUGCUAACGGAGACGGAUCGCGUGAGCCGACGGAGACCGAACUUGCUUUGGCCAAGAUUCAGGGAGAAAAUUUUGGCAAAGUCGUCGUCACUUUUGCCAAAGGUAAAGCCUUGGCCAGCGGCGGCAGUGAUGUGAGCCAAAAACCGGCCAUCACUACAACCAACCCACAAGGACAAACCCAAGUGCAAGAUCUUUCUUCCCCCACAGCUGUCGGUACAGCUGCAGGCGUCGCCGCUGCUGGAACCGCUGGAGCUGCUGCGGCUGCUUUGCCUCAUAGCGCGGCGGCCGGCACCACGGGCGCAACAGGCACGACUACAGGUGCCACUGGAGAUGCCACUGGCACAACCGGUACAACGGGUGCAGCUGGCACGACGGGUACGACCGGUACGACGGGUACGACCGGUACGACCGGUACAACUGGCGCGACCACCGGCACGGGCAAACCCACUGAUGCUGCUGCGAAUCAACCGGGCGGUGCCAAGAAGAAGAAGAACAAAUUGGCUUGGCUUUGCUGCGGUGCAGGUGAUACUACGGAUUAAGCAACCUAUAGAUACUAUUGGGGCUUUUUGUUUUUUGUAUAAAGUACAAUAAUCUGGAGGUUAACUAUUUUCACAGUUUGUCCAUAUUCGCCAGUACAUCAUAGAACCUAUUGCUAGAAAAUUUCUAAUUCGUCAAAAUAAAAAACGUAUAAUUUG